AUGGAGAACAAUAUGGAAAUCGACACAGCGCGCUCUCCCGAGCCUCAUAAUCUCUCUCCCAUUUCAGAUCCUGGAUCCAUUCCCACGCUUGAUGGAUGGAUUGAGAGUUUGAUGAGUUGCAAGCAGUUGGCAGAGAAUGACGUGCAGCGAUUGUGUGAUCGGGCCAGGGAAGUACUUCAGGAAGAGUCGAACGUGCAGCCAGUGAAAUGCCCCGUUACGGUUUGCGGAGAUAUUCAUGGACAAUUUCAUGAUUUGAUGGAAUUAUUCCGUAUUGGAGGACCCAACCCAGACACUAACUACCUAUUCAUGGGUGACUAUGUUGACCGUGGAUACUACUCUGUUGAGACCGUCACACUCCUUGUUGCUUUGAAAAUCCGUUACCCUCAACGCAUCACAAUCCUUCGUGGAAACCACGAAUCUCGACAGAUCACACAAGUCUACGGAUUUUACGACGAAUGCCUUCGCAAAUACGGAAAUGCGAAUGUGUGGAAGUACUUUACCGACCUUUUCGACUAUCUCCCUCUUACCGCUUUGAUUGAGAACCAGAUUUUCUGCCUUCACGGAGGUCUCAGUCCCUCGAUCGAUACUCUCGACAAUAUCCGAUCUCUGGAUCGUAUUCAAGAAGUUCCUCAUGAAGGGCCCAUGUGCGAUUUACUCUGGAGUGACCCUGAUGAUCGCUGCGGCUGGGGAAUAUCUCCCCGUGGUGCUGGUUAUACAUUCGGACAGGAUAUUUCAGAGGCAUUCAACCAUAACAACGGAUUGACUCUCGUCGCGCGUGCUCAUCAAUUGGUUAUGGAGGGAUACAACUGGUCCCAGGACCGAAACGUCGUCACAAUCUUUUCAGCUCCAAACUAUUGUUACCGUUGUGGUAACCAAGCUGCUAUCAUGGAGAUUGACGAGCAUUUGAAAUACACAUUAGCCCCACCAGGCCCUCUUUCUUAUGCUCCAUCAGAACUUCCCCCGCACGCCCUGCUUAGCCAAUCCUGGAUUCCAGAGUCAUCCUUCCCUCUGCGACUACAGCCACCUCGGUUUGUCUCGUCCUCCAAGACUUCAUCAAUGCAUAACGGUAUGCCUCUAGAGAGGAUUGAGAAAGGCAAGAGAGUGCGCGCCUGCACUAUUUGUGGCCGGACUUUCAAGAGAACUGAGCAUUGCAUCCGACACGAGCGCGCACAUUUCCGGGAGCGUCCGUUUACCUGCCGAUUCUGCCAGAAGUCAUAUGGCAGGAAAGACCUGCUUGUUCGACAUGAGCGCACACUCCAUGCCGAUGAAUGGGCCAAUGCCCAAGCAAACGCACCCCCAGAUGCCUCUGCACGUCCAGCUCGACGUCGUCAGAGUCGGAAUAGUUGGAGCCAGGUCCACCCACUCCCGCAAGUACUCCCCCAAAUAGAGCCGCAGUACAAAGAGGACCUACAUGCCGGGAUGCGCAUAAAUGACGAAACCGUUAUACAAUAUGAAAGCUUUCUUCCGUCGCCUCGUGUAUCAUCUUCGUCCGAAAUCAGCGACCCGGAGCUAGUCACUGGUACUUCGGAAGGGAUGGAAGUCGAGUUUCCUAUGGAUCCCAAUCUACUCAGUGGCACAUAUAUGAACGCGGGUGGGUGCAAUGAAAACGUGCCGUAUCAAUACAUCCCUGCGUAUCCGACAGACCAGCAUCAUGCUGUAUAUGACGGUCACAUGCAGUCAUAUAUCCUAGAGCAAUUCAAUCAAUAUCAGGGCUUCCCAAUUGACCCUAACCUCACAGCAGGUGCUCAACAGAUCAACAAUGUGCCAAACUCAUCAGACAAUUCAUUUCCUGAUACCGAAAAUGUGAAUAUACUUGCUUUAUUUCCCUGUCAGAGUCUCGAUCAGCAAGCACUAACCAAAUACCUUGACGAAUCUUUCAGCAAUAAAUCCACUCUGGAAUUACUUACCAAUGUGUCCGAUGCAUCAUCUGCAGACCCGUCUUCGCUCGAAUCUCGCCGUCGAGGGCGGCCAUUUUGCAAUACGAAGGUGUCAAAUAGCGACAACUCUCACAUGGCAUUUACAGAGCAAGAUCGAGCCGCUUUUUUUACAGAUCUCAAAGAGCACUACAACAUCCAGGUUGAAGACUCACAGAUGGCAGAUUCGCAAGACAUUCAAAGCUAUAUGAAACAAUUCUUCGAGUCUUUCAACACUCGUCUACCGUUAUUUCAUCUUCCGUCAUUCAACAUUUCGGCCACUCCUGCCCCGUUAUUAUUAGCUAUGUGUUCCGUUGGCGCACUGUUUGGAGCUGAAAAGGAGGUUUUCAGCACCCUAUCAAGACUAGCAAAGCAAGCCCUCCAAAAUGCUGGGUCCGGUUAUAAUCGUCCUCUAUGGGAGGUUCAAUGCAAAUUACUUCUUAUCGUUCAGGCGGCCUUCGGUGGUGACCUUGAUGCAGUGAACUGGGCACUUGAGAAUGUCGGCUUCAUCCAGCGGGAGUUUUCAUCACGCAAAGCAGCACUGUUGGCCACUUCCAAUCCAGAGCCCAACAGCUGGUCUGGUUGGAUUUCCAGGGAGUCGUCUAAGCGCCUACUUUUCGGUAUGUUUGUGAUAAGUAGUCUCUUGACGCUCACUUAUAAUAUUUCGCCCUGCAUCUCUACGACUGAGGAGCUCAAAAUCGAGUUGCCUGCGGAUGAACAUGUCUGGAUAGCGACGGAUGAGGAUCAAUGGAAGAGAGCAAUGGCAGCUAGAGAAUCACCCAACACGGAUGUAUAUACGGCAUUGACAAAAGUCUUGUUUGGCAAAGACUUUGAUCUCGAUUCAGAAAGCCAGUGGUCUGCUUAUGCAGUGACUGUUCUGAUGCAUGCAGUGAACGUGCAUAUGUGGCAUAUAACACAGUCCACUCAAUCAUUCAUUAGCUUCUCAGCUGAUGCGAAAGAAGAAGAGCAAAUGAAGGCUUUAUGCACCAGUCAAACCGAAGCGGCGUUAUCCCGAUGUUACAUGAUUCUCGCACACCGACGCUCGGCCGAGGGAGAAAAUUCUUGGGACGAUGUCGAUGGUCCUUUACUUUUCAAUGGUAUGGCGGUGCUCCGUAGUAUCUAUCUGCGUGCUUUCACUGGUAGUGGAAGUUUCGAUCGCGCUUUGCUCUUCAAAGACGAUGAACAAGCAGCAUAUACAGCCGCUAGAAAUUACAUUAAUAGCGAUCAAGUUCGGACGCCUUUUCUCGCAGGAGCCGUUGCACAGGCUCUCGAUGGGCUUUUAUCUCCGCUGCAGAUGAUACACAAGCUCUCCGAGAAGGAAACUACUUUGGGACGAAGUGUUGAACACGCUUUGGCCAUGUGGGAUACUGCCCUUUUCUAUACCAAAUGGGUGCACACAAUGGAGACGCAACCUUAUGUCCAGCCCGACAACAAAGAAAGGCAGAAUUUGGAGAAGUUAUCGGAGGUACUGAACGAGGUUGACAAGCGUUGGGGAGAAAAUCAGUCUAUGGCUGCCGGUUUAGCUAAGCUAUUCGCUGAGUACAUUAAUGCUAGCUGGACCUGGAACGUUACCUGCCGAAUGAGCAACGUGCUCCAAAAAUUGGCUGUCGUCUACGAGAAAGAUGGAGACGCUGGUUCUGUAUAA